AUGGAUCUCGCAAACACUCUCAUCCGGACCGUCGUCCGCACCUUCUACGAGACUCGCCACAUCCUCGUGGUUGAUGCGCUUUUUAUUCACUCUGUUCUUCACGCCGAAGACCUCGCAUUCCUUCUAGGCAUGCAGCAAAAAGACCUCCGCAAGCUCUGCGCCAAACUACGCGAAGACCGUCUGAUCGCUGUUAAUACACGAGCUGAGAUCCGAGACGGCGCGACUCGUCCAGUGAACCGCGAAUACUACUUCAUCCCUCUCCACCCGGUCGUCGACGCGGUCAAGUACAAAAUCUCCAAAUUAACCUCGACAAUCAAAGCGCAAUACACGCCGAGCGAAGAACGGAAGGAAUACGUUUGUCUGCGAUGCAGUUCUGAGUGGACGGAACUCGACGUGCUGAGUCUCGUGAGCGAAGAAGGAUUCGAAUGCCAGAACUGCGGAGCCAUCCUCGAAAGAACAGAAGACGUAAAAGGAGCCGAUGGGAUCGACCGAACAGGCCACGAGAAAAACAGCAAGCUCAUGGCCCAACUUGAUGGAAUGUUGAAACUGCUCAAGCAAAUCGACUCCGUCGAAAUCCCGCCCAACGACUUCGACACAGCCUGGGACCACAAAGUCGACAUUAUCCGGAACCAAGCAACCCACCCAACCCGCACUACAGUCGCUGUCCCCUCAAAACAACAAGAAACCGUUCGCGGCAACGCCAAAACCGACACAACCGCCCUCGAAAUCUCCCUCACCUCAACCGAGGAAAAGAGCGCCGCGGAACAAGCCGAAGAAGCAGCCCGCAAGGUCGCAGUCGAGCAACAAAACGCCCUCCCAGUUUGGCACACCCAUUCCACCGUCUCAACUAACGCCGGAAACCUGGGUGUCAAAGCAGAGGAAGGCGUCGACAUCAAACCAGACAUCAAAGGAGAAGAGGAGGAGAAACCCUCCGCCGAUGCAUUGGACGACAAAGUCGCCGCGUACUAUGCGGAAAUGGCUCGCGAACAGGCUCUCCAGGCACAGGCAGAAGCCAGCAGCGCAGAGGAAGACUCGGACGAAUUCGACGAGUUCGAAGAUGUUGGAGUCUCUGGCAGUGGGUCUGCGACGCCUGCUGUUGGUGGUGCUGCACCGGCACCUACCAACAAUGUAACUGGUAUCAAGCGUGAACUCGAUACAGAUACUGGUUCGAGCAUCCCUAAGACAGAGUCUGUUACUCCCGCCACGGCCGAUGAAAGCCCAGCGGCGAAGAAGGUCAAGACCGAACCUGAAUCGGAGGUGAAGAAGGAAGAGUCCGACGAGGAUGAUGAGGAGGAAUUCGAGGACGUCUAA